CUCUACUCUGGCUGCAUCAGUACACGUGGCAUGCAGAUACAUGUGUGUCCUACAGGCGGCGACAGAACGAACUGCAGUGCAUUAUGGGGCGGAGAUGGCAUUCUAGUACACAGACAGACGACGGCAAAGCAAGGCGAGUGCGAGACCUGUAACACUCCUGCGAGCGGACAUAGAUAUCGAUUAAAAGCACACAAACAAGCCAAGGUGUCCUGCAGACGGGAAUCGGCUCUCGGAUUUUGGUGACAUGGCCCAAAAUGAUUUGAUGAGCAACGCGGAGGACGUGGCGGAUCAGUUCCUUCGAGUGACGAAGCAGUACCUGCCCCACGUAGCGCGUCUGUGUCUGAUUAGCACGUUCUUGGAGGACGGCAUUCGCAUGUGGUUCCAGUGGAGUGAGCAGAAAGAAUAUAUUGAGACGACGUGGGGAUGUGGCUUCUUCCUGGCCACACUGUUUGUUUUAAUCAACUUACUCGGACAGCUGGGUGGUUGUAUACUGAUCCUGAGCAGGAAUUUUGUGCAGUAUGCCUGCUUUGGAUUAUUUGGACUCAUCGCCUUACAGACUGUUGCCUAUAGCAUUCUCUGGGACCCAAAGUUUUUGAUGAGGAAUUUGGCUCUGGGGGGAGGUCUGCUGCUGCUGCUUGCGGAGUCGCGCUCUGAGGGCAGGAGUAUGUUUGCUGGGGUUCCCACUAUGAGAGAAAGCUCUCCUAAACAGUACAUGCAGCUGGGUGGCAGAGUCCUGCUGGUGCUUAUGUUUAUGACGCUGCUGCACUUUGAUACAAGCUUCCUCUCGAUCUUGCAGAACCUGGUGGGCACAGCACUUAUUGUUCUGGUAGCAAUCGGUUUCAAGACUAAACUAGCCGCCCUAACCCUGGUCAUCUGGCUGCUGGCGAUCAACGUGUACUUCAACGCUUUCUGGACCAUACCAGCCUACAAGCCCAUGCACGACUUCCUCAAGUACGACUUCUUCCAGACCACAUCGGUGAUCGGAGGCCUUCUGCUGGUAGUAGCACUAGGUCCAGGUGGAGUGUCCAUGGAUGAGAAGAAGAAAGAGUGGUGAGACAGGACUGA